AUGUCUGUUGUUGAAUGGAAGACUGUAAGUUUUGUUAAUAGGGAUACUCCUGCUACUAUCACCACCGAAGAAAUUGAUCUAGACACAUGUUUUGGAGAUAAUCAAAUAGUGGUUGAAAUCUAUUCAGCUUCUUUAAAUCCAAUAGAUUUUGUUUUACACAAGUCUGCUAUUGCAAGAUUAUCUUCUGCAAAUCCAAAGGCUUACGGAAGAGACUUUUCUGGUAUUAUAAUUAGAAAAGGUAAUAAAGUUUCGGAUGAAUGGAUGAUUGGUGAUAAGGUUAAUGGUAUGAUAGGUUAUGUGUAUGCACCUCAUGGUACAUUCUCAAACUAUUUGAUUGUUACCCCUGAAAAGACUCCAUCAAUGAUCCAUAUUGCACCUGAAACUAAAUCAUUGGUAACUUCAGAUUAUAACGAAUUUGAUAUUAGUUCUUCAUGGCCUCUUGUAUUUGGUACUGCUUAUGCUGGUAUAUUUCAUCCAGGUAGAGAUUGGUCCAAAGUUAACAAUGUUCUGGUUCUAGGUGCCUCCACACAAGUAGCAAAUUGUUUUAUUCAAAUUGCCAAAAAUCAUUUCCAUGUGAAAAAUGUUGUUGGUGUUUGUAACAAAAAUUCAAUAGAUUAUAAUAUGAAAUUUGGUUAUGAUUAUUUAGUUAGCUAUAAUGACAACAAAACAGUAGAAAAUGUUAAAGAGAUUAUGAUGACAAAAUUGAACGGUGAAAAAUUUGAUGUUAUCUUUGACACAUGUGGAUCUGCUGAUUUCUUACCAAUAAUGAAUGAUUUUUUAAAACCUAAAUCAACAAAUUCUUAUUAUAGUACUGUAGUAGGGGAUUCUGUGUUUGAUUAUGAAAAUUUGAAUACUUUGGAUUUAUUGAAGUUAAGAUUGUUUGUUCAACCUUAUCGUAGAUUUAAACCAUGGAGAGCAUAUAAUUAUUAUUUCAAUAUGUGCUACCCAAAUCAUGAUGUCGAAGUACUUGCUAAUGAAAUGAUCGAAAAGAAACAAUUCAAUCCACAAAUUGAUUCUGUGUAUAAGUUUGAAGAUUUCCAAAAAGCUAUUGAUAGGGUUGUCACUGGAAAAUGUAAGGGGAAAGUAGUUUUACAAAUAAAGAAACCUACAGAUUAA